AUGGCCAAGUCACACCUCGAAAUUGCAAAACAACUUAAACAUAAUUCACUAGAAUUAAAAGAAUAUUUUGAAGAUCUCUAUUCCUGGCAAAACGAUAUUAAGAAAAAAGAAGAAAAGGAAAAGGAAGAAAUCAAACUUGAAAAAAUAUAUAAUAAUAAAAAAAAUAAUAAUAAUGAUAAUGAUAAGGGAUUCGAAAAGAAUACAGGAAAAUUCUACAACAAAAAUAAAGGAUUCUCAUAUCUUAAAAGAGAUUGUAAUUCCUUGGAUACAUAUUAUAAAGCAUGGGACAAAUUAAAUAUAGAUGACAUUGAUAGUAAUGCUGAACAAAUUAAUAAAAAUUGUGAAGAUAUUCAUAAUAAUAACCAUAAUGACAUUAUAUUUUGUGAAAAUUAUAAAAAUAAUAUACCACCAGAAAACAUACCCAAUUCACCACAAAAUAAUGAUAAUAAAAACGAAAAUGAAAGAUUCAAUCACAAGACAGAACAAAAAAAUCAUGUAGACGAGAUACAAAGGGAUCUUUAUAUAGGAAAAAACAAGUCAUCUCAUGAUAUAAGUAAAUUAAAUAAUAACGAACAUAUAAUAAAACAUGUGUGUAAAGCAUAUGAUAUAUAUUUAGGUAAAAACGAAGAAGGGAAGUUAAAUUAUGAAAAGAAGAAUUAUCAUAGGUGUUUAGAAAAUUACAAUGAUAUAAUAAAUUACAUAGAUUACGAAUUAAAAGGUGACAAUAUAUUUAUUGAAAUAGAAAAAAAUUGUAAUAAUGAAUUACAUAUAGAAGUCAUAUCAGAUAAUUAUACUUUUGAUAAGAAAAUAGAAGAAUUAUAUAUUGUACGUACAAAAACGCUUAUAAAUCGUUCUUUGGUAUAUCAAAGAUUAUCAGCACACUUUGAAAGUAUAGAUGAUUGUUCUUCUGUAAUUUUAUUUUAUAAUUACUUUUUACCUAAUAUGAAAGAUAAUACAACAUAUAAUAUUAAAGACCUAGGUACCAUGAACAUUAAAAAUAUUAUAUUUAAGGCAUAUUAUUUAAGAGGAAUAGCAAGAUAUAAAUUAAGAAUAUAUAAAUUAUCGCUAAAAGAUUUUAAGGAAUCUAAAAUUUUAUCGAAUUAUAUGAAUUCAAGUGCAACAAUAAAUAUUGAUAACACCAUUCAUGUUAUAGAAGAUAUAAUUGAGAAAAGUAAUGUGAACAAAUAUAUACGAAGACGGAAUGAAUAUACAAAUACCCUUGUGAAUCAUCCUAGAUUAAAGCCAAGAAAAUUAACCAUCGAAAUUAUACCUGAGGAAUAUACAAAAGGAAUAACCUUUUUAGAUAAAUUAUCUGAAAAAAAUAUGCAUUCUACAAAAAAGGAAAUAAAAUCAUUUGAAGAUGAACAUAAAAGUAAUUUAUCAAAUGAUGAUUAUGAAGAAAUAGAAUAUAAAAAAAACAAUAUAUCUUCUAAAAAAGAAAUAAUAAAUAAUGAAGAUAGUGAUGAUCAAAAUGAUCAUGAUAACGAAAUAUUAGACAGGGGUGUUACGCAAAUAGAUAAAGAUACAUAUACAAAUGGAAUCCACAAAAGAGGCUUACAAGAAGAAAAUAAAAAAAUUAAAGACAAAAAAAAAAGUAUUUUUCGAAACAAUUAUAAAGAAAUAAAUAAUAGUUUAAAAGAGAAUAAUUUUUUUAGAAGCCAAAGUAUAGAGAGUAACAAUAGUAGUAAUAUAACAUUAAGUGAAGAAGAGUCUUUGUAUAGUAAUAUAGAAAAUGGUAAUUCUCCGCAUCUAACAAGUAUGUUAUCCCAUAAAAGAGAAUUGAUUAAUAAUAACAUUAACAGUAAUAAUAUUUGCUCUCGUGAACAAAUAAAAAACAAAAUAAACUUUGAGCUUUUAUGGAAUUCAAACAAAAUAAGAACAAGUUUUAAGAACCAAAUAGAUAUUUUAAAAACUGCAUUUUUGGAAGAAGGAAUAUUUAAUUUUCAUUUAGACAAAGAUAUGUACGUUGAUAUAUUAGAUGCUUUAUUUAAAAAUAAAUUUCUCGAUAUUUUUCAAAAUAUUCAAGAUGAAGAAAGAAUAAAACAUAUAUUAGCAAUAAAUAAUGAUAACAACAUAAACUAUUAUAAUAAGAAAGAAAAUAACGAAUUUAUAAAUUAUAACGAUUGUAUAAUAUUAAUAGAUAUAUUAUAUCACUUAACCAAUUCUGGGAAGGAUAAUUAUAUCUUUCUUUUCAUUGAUAAGGGGGAAAGGACCAUUUUAUUAAAUUUCUUGACUUUCUCCAUAAAAAAUAUAAAUACUUUUAUAGGUGCUGAAAAAUGCAUAAAGGAGAACAUGUUGUUAUUGAAAAGUUUGCUUGAAAUGUUGAUUUAA